AGUAAGCGACAGAGCAAUGAAGUGAAGGCGACAUGGAUGAGCGCUCACCUAAUAACAAGCAUCGUUCAACGCCCCCAUUCGUCCUAUUUGGCACCCCUCAAAUUUAAUUCCCAGCUCCCCCAGUGCGUGCUUCGCCUAAUGACAAGCAUCGUUCAACGCUCCCAUUCGUCCUAUUUGGGCCCCCUUAAAUUUAAUUCCCAACUCCCCCAGUGCGCGCUUCUCUCUCUCUCUCUCUCUCUCUCUCUCAACUUAGCAGAAACUUCAGUUCCAGAGAAUGGGAGGAAAGAAGCGUGUUAUGGUUCCUGCGAACGAAGUUGACUUGGCGGCCGUGAAGUACGAGCCCGAGCCGAUUCAAGCUCCACAUUUGACCGGACUGUCGCUCAAGUUUUUUGUUAAGAUACUCGAAUCCCCACUGAUAGGUUCAUUGAUCGCAUCUUACUUGAAGAAGCAGAAUCAUAUGGUUGAGAAAUUACGGAAUACUGUGAUACCAGAGACACCAAUGUUUAAACCCGAGUUUCCUCCUCAAGAUCCAGAGCCCGGAGUUGUUGGUUUGGAAGAAGAUGGAAAACCUGAAGACCGUGUUGAAUUAGCCUUGCAGUGUCUCCCACGUCAUGAUGCUUCUACCUGUUGGACUGGUGAUUCAACUCCAUCCUUCCGCUACUGGAAGAUACGUGAUUAUGCAUAUGCUUAUCGGUCUAGGCUGGCAACCCCAUCUAUGGUUGCAGAACGCUUCAUUUCAGCCAUGGAGGAGUUCAGCAAUAAGAAGCCCCCAACUCCACUAUUGAUAUCUUUUGAUGCUGAGGAAGUAAGAAAGCAAGCUGCGGCUUCCACACAAAGGUUUGAGGAAGGACACCCACUGUCAAUCUUGGAUGGGAUUUUCAUGGCUAUCAAGGAUGAUAUAGACUGCUAUCCUCAUCCAUCAAAGGGCGCAACGACGUGGUUUCAUGAGGUGCGCCCUAUUAAAAAAGAUGCAGUUUCUGUAUCAAGGUUACGUAGCUGUGGUGUUAUUUUUGUUGGAAAGGCAAAUAUGCAUGAAAUGGGUCUAGGAACAACAGGAAAUAAUGCAAACUAUGGAACAACAAGAAACCCACAUGAUCCAAAAAGGUAUACAGGUGGAUCUUCCUCAGGCCCAGCAGCAAUUGUAGCUUCUGGGCUUUGUUCAGCUGCACUAGGAACAGAUGGUGGAGGUUCAGUUCGUAUUCCUUCUUCCCUUUGUGGUGUAGUGGGCUUGAAAACAACAUAUGGUCGGACUGACAUGAAAGG